GCUUGCAUUCUAGACAAACCUUUACUCUCGUUUGAAUUUUCAAACAUUUGGCCGCAUGCAUUUGGUUUAUCUCUUCCCUUCUCCUCCAACAUUCCCUUCUCCGAAAAAUCCGCGCAGUAAACUUCAAAACGCAAUCGUCUAAAUUUCAAAACAAACACAACAGCAACAUGUCCUUUCGAUGUUAACUUGUUACCAAUAUAUAUAGCUAAUAGCAUGCAUACCCUAUAAACAAACAAACAUAAAAAAACAUUAACACAAAUAUUAGUUAACCAUUUACAAUUCCCGACCAAAGAACACAAAGAAAGAAAGAAAGACAUUGCACAAACAUCUUUGGUCAAAAAUCCCAAACCAAACAUGGCUAAAAACCUAAACCUUGUAUGCUCAAUUAUGUUUAUGAUUGUCGUCAUCGUCGUCGUCUUCCAACCGUCGUUAACAGUCUCAAAUUCCUCUCCGAAAUCGAAACCGGGAGUAAGAGCAGCCUAUUGGCCAGCCUACAGUUCAUUCGCAGCAUCAGCCAUCGAAACCUCGUACUUCACACACAUCUACUACGCCUUCCUCUUACCAUCCCCAACCACGUACGAGCUCAACGUAACAUCUCGCGACCUCUUCAAAAUCCCCGAGCUCAUCCACGCGCUCCGCGGCAAGACGCCACGCGCCAAGACCCUCCUCUCCAUCGGCGGCGGCGGGGGGGGCGCUGCCGUCUUCUCCAGGAUGGCCGCCUCACGCGCCGCCCGCGGAGCGUUCAUAAAGUCAACCAUCAAAGUGGCCCGGCAGUACGGGUUUGACGGCGUUGACCUCGACUGGGAAUUCCCGGCUGAUGACGUGGACAUGGCCAACUUGGCUGUGCUGUACAAGGAAUGGAAAACGGCUCUGGUUUCCGAGGCGUUGGCCAGCCGGAAGCCCCGGCUUCUUUUGACUUCGGCGGUGUACUUCGCGUCGAGAUUUCUCUUCGACGAGCCCAGAUCGUACCCGGCCCAUGAAAUGAGAGAAUAUCUGGAUUGGGUCAGCCCAAUGUGCUUUGACUAUCACGGGUCGUGGGAAAACUUUACCGGGCUACACUCGGCCCUGUACGAUCCCAACAGCAAUAUAAGUACUGUAUAUGGAAUAGGGUCAUGGAUCAAGUCGGGUAUACCGCCCAAAAAGAUUGUGAUGGGCUUGCCGUUGUAUGGGAGGACGUGGAAACUCGAGGAUCCGAAAGUGAAUGGGGUCGGAGCUCGGGCGGUUGGGGUUGGGCCUGGGGAUGAGGGCACUUUGGUGUAUUACAAGAUUGUUGAGUUCAACAAGAAGAAUCGUGCGGUUGUUAAUUUUGAUAGCCAUGCGGCGUCGUUUUACUCUUAUUCUGGGGACUCUUGGAUCGGGUACGAAGAUGUGGCUUCUAUUGGGCUGAGGGUCCGGUACGCCAGAGGUUUGGGUCUCGGUGGGUAUUUCUUUUGGGCCCUGGGCCAGGACAAGGAAUGGGCCAUCUCGAGCGCAGCUUCAAAAACUUGGACCAAGGGGUGAUUGUUCUCUUUUGGUAAAUUGAUUUUUAUUUUAGUUUUUACAUUAAGUCGAAUUGAUGACGGAGAAAACUCACUCAUACUUCGUUAAGAGUUUCACGUCUAGCUCAUCUCCAUCUGUAUAGAAAGAAAGAGAAGUUUGUGACUUCAAUCUGAUUGUCAAUGUAGAUUCCUCUUUACUUCGUAUACGCCAUGGAAAAUAGUUGGACUUUAGUUUUGAGGGAUUAUUGAAAAAGAUUUAUUUCACAAUUCAAUAAAAUCACUGACUGAUCUCUCUCUAUAAUAGGUACUAAUCUUGCUAACUCUCCUUUUUGAGCCCUCGU